UGGGGUCAGGACAGAACGCUCCAUGGGUGUUGGCUUGGGGAGCCUGAGGACAGCUGGAGGGCGGUGGCCGGGGUGAGGGCAGGGGACCACAGCCAGACAGUGCCCUGGAGCCCUGCAAGGGUGGGACCGUGCAGCCUCAGGGCCCCAGCGGGGUGUUGAUGGAUGCUUGCAGCUGGCUGGACACCUGGGCUGCUGUCUGGCUGAAGGGGGCUCCAAGGCCCAGAGAGUGGCUCUGACUGGCGGCCACUGGGACUCAGGGUCAGUCCUGGGGCCGCUCAGGCCCCAGAGCAGGUCCUGAAGUCAGGGAGGGCAUGGGUGGCGGAAGGAGCUCCACCCUACUUGGGUUGGUGAAUAAUUUUUUUUUUUUUGAGUCUCGCUCUGUCGCCCAGGCUGGAGUGCAGUGGCGCGAUCUCAGCUCACUGCAGGCUCCGCCUCCCGGGUUCAUGCCAUUCUCCUGCCUCGGCCUCCCGAGUAGCUGGGACUACAGGCGCCCGCCACCACGCCCGGCUAAGUUUUGUAUCUUUGGUAGAGACGAAGUUUCACUGUGUUAGCCAGGAUGGUCUCGAUCUCCUGAUCUCGUGACCCGCCUGCCUCGGCCUCCCAGGUGCCGGGAUGACAGGCGUGGGCCCCACGCCCGGCCGGGUUGGUGAAUAAUCUAAAACACGAUCCACCAAGACGCCCUGUUGGCGGCUUCGGUCUGCACUUUGCACGUCACCGAAAAAUUCCUGAGGCCUCGAGAGGCUGUGGGGCCCUGCUGAGUGGCCGAAUGCCAUCUGUCCCUUGCCCUUGUCUCUCCCGGGCUCCCGGUGCCCUCCUGUAACCCAGGCGGGAAGGACCUUCCCACCCCACUGCAGGUUCCCAGCGUGGCUGGAAGGGCCUGGGUGCCCCUGGCAGUCCUGGGUUUGAGCAGCGGCUUCUGGGCUCCCUGCCAAGGGGCUGGGCUUUGCAGCAGCCGGUCAGGCCUCCACAAUGGGACCCCGGGGAUUUCCCAUGUGCUGUGACUGUGGGAAUGACUGUCCUUGUGGGUGACUUAGUGUGUCCCGGAGUGGGGCUGCAGGCACAGGGUUACAUCCAUACCCUGGUGCGUGUGUGUGACCUGGGUGAGCUGUGCAUACCUGUAGGUGGCUGUGUGGGGUGCAGGGGAGAACUUGGCGGGGUGUCCUGGAGCCCCUGGAAACGGUCAGGAUGUAUGUGCUCGUGCGUCUGUUCAUUUGUGCCUGCAUGUCUGUGUGUCGGGCAUCCGGCUGUACCUGUGCUGCCGGCUGGCCGCCUGGAGUCAGGGCUGAGUCUCUAGGGGUGCCCACCAGGUGGCUGGACUCAGGAAGCACUGGGCAACGGUCCCUGUCCGGAAGGCAGGGAGGGAGAAGGCAGCCCCGGGGGACAGGCUGGACUGGCAGGUGCAUGGGCCUUGAGGCAGCUCCUGGCUCUGCUGAGGGGAGAGAAGCCCCGUCCCCGUGAGAGGGUCAACCAGGAGCGUCAGGGAUCUUUGGAGGAGCUGCAGGGUCUGGCUUAUUUCCUGGCUUCAUGCUGCUCUGGCAUCUUACUUUGGGGGUCAGCUGGGGGAGGUGGGGAAGACCCUGAGGAGGAUGUGUGAGGCUGAGAACAGCUCCAGGAUGGAGAGCAGAUGCAGGUGGGGUCAGCGGCCCCAAAUCAGGGCCCUGGCUUGGUCUGUGGGGGCUCCGAGGCAGGGGCAGGAGGCACCAACACCCAGAGGAGGGGAGAGAGGGUCCGGGCCCUGGAUGGUGUGGGGUGGGAGCAGGAAGGAAGCCGUCGCCCCUGGACCCCCUGCCCAGACGUGGGGCCUGGUUGCAGGCCUCCUGCUGCAGGACAGCAGUUCCUAAGAGCCUGCGGGCCUCCUGCAGGGACAGGACUGGAGCCGUGGGUGUGGCAGGAGGCAGAGCUCCCAGGCAGGACCAGCCUGGAGGGGUUGGAGGGGCAGAAACCCACGCCCCCUGCCCUGCCCACUCCCUGAACAUGUAGGGGGAAGGAGCCCCAGGCUCUGCCACACAGCCUGUCAUGGGCUGGCAGUUCUGCCCCAGGCUCUGGCUAUGAGGAUCCUGCCAGCCACUGUCUGAAGCCAGGUCAGGCCAAGCGAGCUGCCAGCUGUGGGGUUCCAGGGCUCAGCUGCCUGGGGGGAGGGGGCGGUGCUGAACUGGGCAGUUGGAGGGAACGGGCGAGGGGGAAGGAGAAAUCCACUGAGUCCCACGGUGGGAGGCUGUAAGAUCUCCUCUCUCCAUUUCCUAGUCUCUGUAAACCUUUUACCCUUCAGGGUGCGGGGAGGAACCUUUAAGUAUAAAAGGGUCCCUGUGGCCCCGCCCUCCCCAGAGGCUGUGGCUGCCUCCAGGGGUGGGGGUUUCUGGCACUUUAGGGGCCUUAACUGCCUCCCACUGCCCUGUCUUUACUCUGCAUCUCCCGACACCCAGGCCUUCAUCUUGGGUGUGAGGCGGGUGGCACACAGCGGGGUGCGGUACCCAUGGGGCAGCCAGGAGCUGACUCAGCAUCUUCACCUUCCCGCUCACGUGACGCCUCCUCCUGCCACCGCUGGAGACUCUUUGCAAACCUUGUGCCCUUCCUCCAUCACCGCAAUCGUCUCUCUACGGUCAGCACCCCCACAUCACAGGUAAAGAGGGGGAGGUGCGGAGAGAUCCUGCAGCUGCCCAGAGCCACGCAAACUAAGCUCACAGUGCGUGAAACACAGCAAUGGCUCCAGUGUCCUGCGAUGAUGUAAAAGCAGCAUUUUUCCAUCAGGCUAGGAAGCAGCAAUGCAGAACGCCCAGGGUUCCUUUGCUGAACUCCACUGCUGCCCCGACCCAACCUCACUCCUUGGGUGCUCCUCCACCCGGUGCCCGGACUCCUGGCUCCUUUCUCAUGAAGAUUCUCAGCCCUUGGCUUACAUAUUCAGGAACUCUUGGGAGGAAGUCCAUUUAUUUAUGCUGUUUCAUGCUAAAAUGUGAAUGGCUAACAUACCAGAACUAUUUGCUUUUAUUUAUUUUUAUUUUUAUUUUUUUGAGACGGAGUCUCGCUCUUGUCGCCAGGCUGGAGUGCAAUGGCACGAUCUCAGCUCACUGCAAUCUCCGCUCCCAGGGUUCAAGCCAUCCUCCUGCCUCAGCCUCCCGAGUAGCUGGGAUAAUAGGUGCCCACCACCACGCCCGGCUAAUUUUUGUAUUUUUAGUAGAGACAGGUUUUUGCCAUGUUGGCCAGGCUGGUCUCCAACUCCUGACCUCAGGUGAUCCACCUACCUUGACCUCCCGAAGUGCUGGGAUUACAGGUGUGAGCUACCUCACCCAUCCUAUUUGCAUUUUAAGAAAGGACAUUGUUAACUUACACCAUGUUUUCUUUUUUUUUUGAGACGGAGUCUUGCACCGUCGCCCUGGCUGUGCAGUGGCGCGAUCUUGGCUCACUGCAACUUCUGCCUUCUGGGUUCAGGCGAUUCUUCUGCCUCAGUCUCCCGAGUAGCUGGGAUUACAGGCGCCCACCACCAUGCCCAGCUAAUUUAUUGUAUUUUUAGUAGAGACGGGGUUUCAUUAUGUUGGCCAGGCUGGUCUCGAACUCCUGACCUUGUGAUUUGCCUACCUCAGCCUCCCAAAGUGCUGGGAUUACAGGUGUGAGCCACCGUGACUGGCCUUACACCAUGUUUUCUCAAUGUCAGCAUGACUGGCAUUUGGGCUGGAUGACGCUGUGCUCUGUGGGGGCUGCCCUGUGCCCUGCAGGGUGCUUGGUGCCCCCCCACCCCCCUGGCCUCCACCCACUGGAUGCCAUACCAUCUGCCCCUCUGCUGUGACGACCAAAACUGUCUCCAGACUCUCUAGAUGCUCCCUUGGGAACAAAACCCCUGGGUGAGAGCAAUUGACCUAAAUGGAUUUCAUCUCUGUAGGUGGGAUGCCAGGAAGUGUGAUUAAGCAAAAGGCUGGUCUCCAGGAUGGGGCCAGCUCGUCCGAGCCGCAAGGAUGGACACAUCAUGCUCUCUUCAAUUCAACCAGUGGGAGGAUCUGUGAGAGACCAGGGAAGAGGGGCGUGUCCGAGCCGGGAACUGGACUCACCUGGGCAACUUCCUGCGCCAGACCAGGGAAGAGGGGCGUGUCCGAGCCGGGAACUGAACUCACCUGGGCAACUUCCCGCGCGAGACCAGGGAAGAGGGGCGUGUCCGAGCCGGGAACUGAACUCACCUGGGCAACUUCCUGCGCCAGACCAGGGAAGAGGGGCGUGUCCGAGCCGGGAACUGGACUCACCUGGGCACCUUCCCGAGAGAGACCAGGGAAGAGGGGCGUGCCCGAGCCGGGAACUGGACUCACCUGGGCAACUUCCCGCGCGAGACCAGGGAAGAGGGGCGUGUCCGAGCCGGGAACUGAACUCACCUGGGCAACUUCCCGAGCGAGACCAGGGAAGAGGGGCGUGUCCGAGCCGGGAACUGGACUCACCUGGGCACCUUCCCGAGAGAGACCAGGGAAGAGGGGCGUGUCCGAGCCGGGAACUGGACUCACCUGGGCACCUUCCCGAGAGAGACCAGGGAAGAGGGGCGUGUCCGAGCCGGGAAUUGGACUCACCUGGGCAACUUCCCGCGUGAGACCAGGGAAGAGGGGCGUGUCCGAGCCGGGAACUGGACUCACCUGGGCACCUUCCCGAGAGAGACCAGGGAAGAGGGGCGUGUCCGAGCCGGGAACUAGACUCACCUGGGCACCUUCCCGAGAGAGACCAGGAAAGAGGGGCGUGUCCGAGCCGGGAACUGGACUCACCUGGGCACCUUCCCGAGAGAGACCAGGAAAGAGGGGCGUGUCCGAGCCGGGAACUGGACUCACCUGGGCACCUUCCCGAGAGAGACCAGGGAAGAGGGGCGUGUCCAAGCCGGGAAUUGGACUCACCUGGGCAACUUCCCGCGUGAGACCAGGGAAGAGGGGCGUGUCCGAGCCGGGAACUGGACUCACCUGGGCACCUUCCCGAGAGAGACCAGGAAAGAGGGGCGUGUCCGAGCCGGGAACUGGACUCACCUGGGCACCUUCCCGAGAGAGACCAGGGAAGAGGGGCGUGUCCGAGCCGGGAACUGGACUCACCUGGGCACCUUCCCGCGAGAGACCAGGGAAGAGGGGCGUGUCCGAGCCGGGAACUGGACUCACCUGGGCACCUUCCUGUGUGAGACCAGGGAAGAGGGGCGUGUCCAAGCCGGGAAAUUGACUCACCUGGGCACCUUCCUGCCCUCCUCCCAACGCCCUCUCAGAAUGAGGCUCUCGCUGUCUCGCUCCCGUGGGGUGGGGGCCGACUCUCUCCACUUGUCUGAGUAGCAUGAGGUUCUGUCUCACUUGGGCAACUACAACAGAGUAACUUUGACUUGGGGCCUUAAACAACAAAAAUUUAUUUCUCACAGUUCUGGAAGCCAGAGGUCAAGAUCAAGGAGCGGGCAGACUCGGUUCUGUGAGGGCCGGCUUCCUGGCUUGCAGACGAUGCCUUCCCAUGUCCCCACAUGGCACGAAGCAGAGAAGGGGACCCAGUGCCCGUGUCUCUUCCCCUGAGGGUGCUGGUCCUCUUCCGAGGGCUCCACCCUCCUGACCCAGUCACCCCCAAAGGCCCCCUCUCCUAACACCAUCACACUGGAGUGAGGGUUUCAGCAUGUGGAUUCUGGGGACACAUCCAGUCCACGCAGGCCUGAGUGGCCGCCUGGUCUGCUGAAAGCCACUCAGCUCAGGCAGGCCCAUGGCGGCUGCCUGCGGGCCAUACUCUCUGCAGCCCACACCAGCGCCGCCCUCUGCAAGGGCUGAGGCAGAUCCUGCUGGGUGCCGAGGGUGACGCCUUCGUGUUUGCCGGAGAGUGUGGGGCAGCGGGCCGCCCUGGGAGCCUUGGGACUGGCCGGACUUCAGCUCUGUGCAGCCCCUGGUGUGCAGCUUGGAGAACCCAGCCCUUCUGAACCAUCCACCUGGCCUCUGUGGGGUCGUCUGUUUUUCUGAAGGCGCAGUGACGGGGAAGCAGCUCCCUCCGUUUCCACCGGGAGGCACGGGCCCAGGUGAGAUGACUGAGAACCUGUCUCUCCUCAUCUCAUUUCCCCAAAUUAAAUGUUGUUCCUCCUCCAGGCCUCUGUGGGGUCGUCUGUUUUUCUGAAGGCGCAGUGACGGGGAAGCAGCUCCCUCCAUUUCCACUGGGAGGCACGGGGUGGUGGCCUGGGAGGCCCUGCUUUCCAGCGUCCGCAUGGGCUAUUGUCACUGGUGCCGAGGCCCUCAGAACGCAGGUGAAGCUGAGCACCCAGGCACAGAUCCCACCCAUGACAGCACAGCGUCAAAAGAGCAUAAAAUCUGGCCUGUUCUAGCAGGGGCCACAACCCGCCGGGGCCACCAGCACCAUGUAGCCGUCCUGCACAAACUCACUGUGGCAGCCCCCGCCUCCCCGAUCCCGCUGCUGACGGCCCCACACAGGAGGGCGGCCAGAGGAAGCUCAUAUGCCUCUCAAGUCACUACCCAUGCUUGGUUUCCUGGGGUUUUUGUUCGUUUGUUUGUUUUGUUUUUUUGUUGUUGUUUUUUGUUGUUAAGAUGCAGUCUUGCACCAUUGCCCGGGCUGGAGUGCAAUGAUACAAUCUUGGUUCACUGUAAACUCCACCUCCCGGGUUCAAGUGAGUCUCCUAUCCCAGCCUCCCGAGUAGCUGGGAUUACAGGCGAGCGCCACCAUGCCCGGCUAAUUUUGUAUUUUUAGUAGAGACGGGGUUUCUCCAUGUUGGUCAGGCUGGUCCCGAACUCUCGACCUCAGGCGAUCCACCUGCCUCGGCCUCCCAAAGUUCUGGGAUUACAGGCAUGAGCCACUGUACCCAGCCUGUUUUGUUUUUUUUUGAGACAGAGUCUUGCUCUUGUCGCCCAGGCUGGAGUGCAGUGGCAUGAUUUCGGCUCACUGCAGCCUCCACCUGCCGGGUUCGAGUGAUUCUCCUGCCUCAGCCUUCCGAGUAGCUGGGAUUACAAGUGCCUGCCACCAUGCCUGGCUAAUUUUUGUGUUUUUAGUAGAGACGGGGUUUUACCAUGUUGGCCAGGCUGGUCUCGAACUCCUGACCUCAGAUGAUCCACCCACCUCAGACUCCCAAAGUGUUGGGAUUACAGGCAUGAGCCACCGCUCCUGGCCCUCAUUUUUGUUUUUAAUUAAUUAAUUUUUUCUUUCUUUCUUCUUUUCUUUUUUCUUUCUUUUUUUUUUUUUGAGACAGGGUCUUGCUCUGUUGCCCAGGCUGGAGUGCAGUGGUGUAAUCACAGCUCACUGUAGCCUCCAACUCCUGGGCUCAAGUGAGCCUCCUGCCUCAGCCUCCUGAGUAGCUGAGACAACAGGUAUGCACUAGCAAGCCCAGCUAAUUUUUAAUUUUUUUUUCUUUUUGAGACAGGGUCUCUCUCUGUUACCAAAGGUGGAGUGCAGUGGUGCCAUCAUGGCUCACUGCAGCCGGGACCUCCUGGAUUCAAGCGGUCCUCCCACCUCAGCCUCCUGGGCAGCUAGGAUCACAGGCAGGCCACCAAGCCUGGAUAAUUUUUGCAGUUUUGUAGAGAGAGGGUUUCUAUGUUGCCCAGGCUGGUCUCGAACUCCUGGGCUUAAGCAGUCUGCCCACCUCAGCCUCCCAAAACUCUGGGCUUACAGGCAUGAACCGCCUGGCCUGGCCUCGGUUUUUCACUUUUGGUCCCACCAUUCCAGUGCCGAGCCUGUGAGACUGGAGUCAUGACCCAGCAGGACUGCACCUGCACCUGAGGGAGAGCACAGGCGUGGGUUCUGGAGGGCACCGAGUCUGCUCUGUGACCUGCACCAUAUGGGCAGGGUUACCCUGUGGGUUCUCCCUGGCAGUGACCCAGAUGUGCUUCAGUUUUUCCUCCAACAACCAUUGACUCUGGGCCCCUCUCUGCGCAAGGCUCCAGGCAGAAGGAGAGUUCAGGAAGCCCGGGGGAGCCCGGGCAGUAGGCGGUCACAGCCCCUGUGGUUCGCUUUCUGCUGGGGAGGGAGCCCACCAGAGGACUUUGGGGACAGAUGAGCUGGCCUUGAUCGGCAGGAGCAGCCAGUUCUGGCAGUACAAUCUUCAUGUUCUCUGGUCGCUUAAUGCAGCCCAGUGAUGUGGGACACUGGGGAGGCCUUGAGGUUACUUGCCUGGAGGAGACCAGAGAAGGGGCUGGGCUUGCAGGUUCCGGGGAGAGGAUGGUGCUGGAGGUGCUGAAGGGACAGCGCCCGCGUGGAAUCCGCUGCCGCCCUGGCCGCCUGGGCGAAGACUGACUGUCUCCUCCGCUGGAGCUGGGCACCACGUACGUCUGAAUUCUGUUCAUCCUCUCUGGAGUCCUGUCGAUGCGGUCUUGGCAAAGAUUGCUUGAGCCUGAACGCUUUUCCCAUCUAUUUUUACAUAAAUGGAAUUCCUCCUGCUUGGAUGAAAUUUACCCCAACUGGGCAUUUUCACGACCCACUUUGCCUGGGCGCAGAGGAGGGGAAAGGGGGCAGGCAUGCGGGUAACCAGAUUGCUGACAAUGUAGCCCGUGGGUGUGCAAGACACAAAAUUAAAAACAUAAAUGAUUAAUGAGCUAGCUCUUUGAAAGGACAUCCUAAACAAAGGAGGAAGCAAAGAUUUUCAAGCCUUGAUGCAGGAUUCGCUUUCCAGAACCUUCCAAGGUGUGGCAAAGCUGCUGGAGCCAACGCCAUUUGUAGACGGGAGAACCGCGAGCUGCAGGGUGCAAAGCUCCACCUGCAUCCCGAGCCGGCCCCUCCAGCCUGGCAUCCCCACGGGGGAUGCCACUCUCGGCCACCCCCAGGAGGCUGUGAAGCCAGCCGAUGGCUCCCCAAGACCUCAGCAGGGUUUUCCCCUUUUUUUUCUGAAAAACAAGAUGAACAGGUUUGACUCUCCCAAUGUCCUGGACACCAGAGCACCUUAAUCCUUGCUCCCAUCUCAGCUCUGGUGCAUCUGCUCAAACGGGAACUGGGGUCACUUUUCCUUCAUCCUCUGUGGAUCAGCCCUGACCUUGGGUCCCACUGGGCUCUGACAUCAAACCUGAGAUGAUGCUUCCCCAGGAGAGGUCACGUGUAGCCCGGGCACUGCUGAGGGGCACCGGAUAGUCUGGGGCUUCCCCCCACGGGAUGAGGGGCCCCAGCCCUGCAGGGUUUACAUUUCGAGCUACGGCUGCUCCCUCGGGUCUUCUGGUGAGUGGGAAAGACCAGCGGCACCAGCCAGUGUGUGCAGGGAGAUGCCGCGGUGCUCUCUUCCUUCUGCAUACUGAAGUCCUCUCCCUCCCCUGAAAGCACCAGGCUGGUGCCUCCUCCCUUAACAAUGGAGAGAAACCGCAGCCGCUUGGGGCAAGCCCACUUCAUGCUGGUAAUCACAGCCAAUGCGUGGGCACAGAGGCAGGGAGGCGGGGAUCCAGAACGUGCCCCUGGAUGUGCACAAGCUUGUGUAAGUUGCCGUCUAUCCCCAACGUCCUGGAUAACGUACAGGUUAGCAUUCUGCCUGCACCGACCUUUCUGUAUUCAGCCUAGUUAAAAACAAAACAACAACAAAAACAGGCCCCGUGGCCACUAGCUCUGGAAACCAAAGGGCAAACACAACUCAAGAGCUCACCCUGCACCAGGGUUAGGGCUGUUUUAUGAGCAGGUCACCUGCGAGGACGGCGCCAGCGAUUCAGCAGAGGGCCUUUCUCUGGGUAGAACCCAUGGUGCCAGGCGAACGCGCAAACAGGCUGGAUGUAGUCAGAGACGCACUCGAAGAUGACACCCCUCCUGGAUGUGCAGAGGAAGGCCCAGUGGCGGGGCACCUCACGGGGCGGGCAGCACUGAGUCGCAGGGGUCCCUUGGUCUCCCAGCAGCAGCUCCAGAGGGACCCCUCCCAGGACACAUGGCUGCCGGCAGGGGGGAGGCCACCUCCGCGCACUUGCCCCCAAGGAAACACCGUCCCAUCUGUGUCCAGGAGGCACAGAUCUGCCUCCUUUGUCCCGAUGUGUGGCACUGGGCUUCCUGCUGGCCUGUCUGCUGCCCUGGGGCCACCCUCCAGUCCCUGCCCCUGCCACAGGCCCCUUCUGGGGUCUGCAUAACUAAGUCCAGGCCCCUUGGGGGGCUUCAAGGCCCUCUAGGAGUGACUCUCUCCCAUCCCCCACCCCAUGGCCCUUGCUCCUCUUCUUGCCUCCCGGCCUCUGUGGCCACCCCCUUUCCCCUGGGCUGCUUUCCUUGCAGGGCGCCUCCAGCCUCCACAGACCCUCCCUGCACACACCCUGGGGUCUAGGGGGUCCUACUGCCUGGGCAACCCUGACACCGAGAGCAUGAGGUCACCAUGGGCUGAGCCCUAACAGAGUCUUGGGGAGAGCCCCUACCCCCAUCCCUUCCCGGAGGCGUCCACUCCCAGGGCCCAGCUGAGAAGACUCCAGUCCUGCUCAGGCGGCUGGGCACCGCUCUGGGACCCCAGGAGCGCUGGGGCCACCAGGCAGGUCCACUUGGUUAGUACUACUGGACUCAAAGGUGACUGCAGGGUCAGUGUGCACAUGGCCGGGGGAUUGGGCAGGCUCAGCCCAGAGCCCUGGUCCCGCGGG